AUGGACAUCAAAUUGAACGUCACCGCUAUUGGCACGUACAACAAUGCCUCGCGAUUCGAAUGCUGGGAGUUGGACGAACCUUUCCGCUCCUCAACUCAAUCUGGACUCGUUGACACCCGAACAACCAUUCUCGGAGAUGUCUCAAAGAUGUCGUACAAUGUUGUCCCGGCCGGUUUCGACAGUGGUUUCCACCCUGCGCCCACCAACCAGUGGGUGGUUUUGGUUGGAGGCCUUGGUGUCAUCACGUUGCCAGACAACAGCUCCACUACAUUGACCACGAAGGGUGGAGAGUUUGGCUUGUUCUUCGCCACUGAUACCGCGGACCUCACCGAAGAAGGGCACGGCUCCAUUUUCCCUGGCGCAACGGAAAGCAUUGUUCUUCAGAUCCCGACCAAGGACAACAAGAUUCCAAAGCAUCGCGUUCUGUACGAUAACAAGCCAUGCACAGCGGGCGAGGUUGCGGGGCUGCGAGCGUGGGCAGUUAGUGCUUGA